AUGCUGCGAGGAGCUCUCUCCUCGUUCUGGGAUUUGUCCCACUGGGUGGGCAGAUGGGUGUUUCGUUUCUUCGUCUCCCUUUUGCUGCGCAGCCUGGCAAACAAAGAGGAUAAAGGUCUGCUGAAAGUGCAAGAGGUUUGGGUAAAAUUUACUCACCGUAGUCACCAGGUCGACAGGCGUCCAGUAAGACAGGAACCGCCGGUGACCGAGAAAAGUUUGGAAUAUCAGGUCUUGACCCAAAAUCGAGUGGUCGAAACUAAGGGUCUCAAGACACGUAAGAGGGGUUCUCAGAGGGGGGAUGAUUAUACAUCUCCAACCUAUCCCCUCGUCGAUUGUAGAGCUGCAAAAAGAUGCAGGUUCAGUUGUAUUAAAGAGUGGAGAUUUUGCCUCCCCUCUUCAUCGGAAUUGGUAGGCGAUGAAGAUUAUCCGCUGUUAUCCAAUCCGACAGAUUUGAUUAAUAACGAUAUUGCUCUGGUUAUGGUUUCAGCUGCCCCGAGUAGAACUGAGACGGCAACGAAGGGUAGCCAGCCGGAGAAAGUCUUCGCUGGCGUACUGCUUCCGCCGGAGCAAUCCGUUGGCAAGUUCCGUGAGCCGUUGGAAGUCCGAUUAGCCACGGUUGGAACAAAAUCUAUCCCUGAUUUUGCGGGAUUAUUGGGAAAUUAUAGCUUUACCCGAUUUCACCGGAGACAUAAGGAGACCACCCGUAACUGUUUAGUCAGGGGGAAGAGUCCGUCUCCGCGUCGAAUUUACACCCGGCCUACAAUCCUUCCCUUGCGAGAUACUCGGGUAGGGGGGAAAGGAGUUGUAUUUAAUUCCUUCCUGAAGGGGAGCUUAGACCUAACUUUCUUCCACCAAAGAAGAGGCGAUAGCUCUCCUGUUCCCCUGUUGCCUCCGAAGCUCGUUGCAAAGGAAAGCCCAGGUACGGAGGAAAGGCGGGACUCGGCGACGUUGUCGAUAAUUCCUACUGUUUCUACCAAUCCCCCUGUGGCGCAGCUUUCUUCUCUUCUGGGACAGAACCUUCUGAUAUCAAUAGAAGGGCUGCUAGGGGGUGCGGAGACGCAUACUAACUUGUUUGGUGCGUCUUUUUGGCAGGAACAGAGGAGGAUGAAAAACGUUGCUGACGAACAAGUAGUCCAGUUCUCCUUGGAAGAGGUACAAUCAGCCAGGUUUCGGGCCUCUCGUACCAUCUUGGGGAGGCUGUUUACCAAGGAGCGGAUGACGACUAUGGAAUUGCGGGAGGAGCUACUCGAUGCUUGGAAACUCCGUGGUCAUCUCAAAGUCUCGAGUACCAAAUUUUGGACUGUAUGA